CCGAUUCCCUCUUUGGGGAGUCGGCCCCCCUCAGCCACAAUCCAGGCACGUCCUACCUGCACCUCCCAGUGGCCGAACCCAAGCCAUGUUUCAUCAAUCGGGCAAAUGCGGGGCUCUGGCACUCAUCAACCAGACGGAACAGAAGUUGUGAGCUUCUCGUCAGGGCCAGGUGACCUCCACCCCCAGCAGAUAGAAAUCGAAUAUCACCACCUCACCACCUUCCCCGCAGUUCUCUUUGCAUCACGUCAAGCUUUUGGGCCUCGGUGCUGGCCAAAGACUUGGGGUUAACUUGGAUGUCGGUGACGCCAUCUUGAAACAGACGGGUAACGGGUACCGUCUUAUUCACCGUCGGACCGCCCACAAUUGGGUCCGAGAACCCGAUUCCCUUAUCAGUUAACCGAUCGUCACCCCAUCCACUGUUCACGAGGAGCACGCCAUGUUUCUUCAGACGUCUCCACAAGUUAGAACCGGUCGAGAUGAACAGGAGGAGUACGGGGACAUGUGGCCUCUUUUCCCAGACCCCCUCGAUACCAGCAGUUCCGAGUGGGAACUUUUCCCCGCCGCCCUUCAGCAUCUCGACGACUUUACCUCUCUACUUCAUCACCAGACACUCACAACCGCGGUUGACGAGUCCGAAGCCGUUCCCCUCCGGUCUCAGGACCAGAACCUGAUGCAAGGCGUCGUGUCUGGUGACCAAUUCUCUAAUGUCGUCGCGUCUGCUGGACACCCUCACGGUUUGUCUUUGAGCCAAAGGCUCGAGGAUCUCGGUGAGAGCGUUAGCCAUACGUCGGUCUCGAGUACUGCUGGUGUGUCCGAUUACGAGCUCUUCUAUAGACCCCUUCAGUAUAUCUCCGACAUCGCCUCUGUGGCUCAACUUCCUCGGGAUCUUGACCAGCCCGCCGCGGUUCAACAUUCGUCGUUGAACCGAGCUCAAGCCCAAGUUACCUCACGUGCCUCGGCUCUCCCUACCUUUGGCCCCAACAUCUCUGACCCGGAGACUUUAAGGAGUGAGCUUGCCACAAGCUCCUCAGUCACUGGCUUCGAAGGCGAGCCAUCCCCGGGCACCAUUUCGUCUCGUACCAUCUCUACUGCUACUGUUUCUGCUACCUCCGGUUCGCCUGAAACGAUUGAUACCCCGCCGGAACCGUCCAUCAAUUCGGAAGCGACGCUUCGGGUCAUUCGGUAUGGGCAAAUCAGCAGGACGAGGGCCACGAUGGCCUCACGGGAGCCAACCCAAUUACCCCAACCAGUGAAAUCGUCGAGCCGAGUCGCCAAGCAGAAGAGGCAUCGCGCCGUGGGUACGAGAGUGGAUGUCAUGAAAUCGGGGGCAGAUCCCAAGACUGUCACCAAGAGAGAUCAAAGUGGCAAAUUUGGCGGUGAUUUCAUGAUUUGGGGCCUUGACCAGUACGUGCGCACUCAGGCAGCGAAUGCGGGAGAAACAGCGAGCCUUGCACGUCGCGCUCGCAAUGCCUGCAAGAGAUGCAACAAAAUGAAGCAAAGUUGUAUCGCCCCCGAAGAUGAUUACUCGCCAUGCAAUCGUUGCAAGUCAUUUUGGUUGAGGAACUUCUUUAACAGGCGGAACGCAAAGGGAGGCUUCCAGUUCCAACCCUGCUUCAAGGUUGAGAUAAUCGACCUCAAGCUCCACCGGCUAGGCCCGACAAAAUACAACACUCUCGGCACGUGGGUGAGGGACAAACAAGAACUCUUGCAAUAUUUCGACCACGACACCACACAGCAUCUGUUUCUUACCCAGGGAUUCGGUGAAGGUACCAACAAUGCGCUAUGCUUGAGGGUGGCGCGCUUCGAGCCCGUUGGUCCCGAGGACAGGACUUCGUACUUCUGGACCGACAAUGAAGGCCGGCUUCGGAGGCAUGAAAUGCCCCCAUACUUCAUCAGCGACCUUGACUUUGCAGAAACAAGUGUCCUGACGUUUCUCCGCGACGCCCGUGAUGUAUACAUUGACAGGCUACUCGGGGCCGGAGACCCUUUGAUCCGCCGGACGUUCGACAUUGCCCGCUCGUUUUCAGCGGGCGGCAAGAGCCCCCUGGUCUCGGAUGCGCUGGACGCGUGGGUUUCCGGGCGCUUCAUUGAGGACCACUGGAAGGUGUUUUGUGGUGGACUUCAGAUCGGAGCUACCAUGACCGACGAGCCCGGUCAUCCAUACCACGGCUUCAUUCCCGUUACGCCUAUCAUGGACACCCAGCUCGAUGACCUCGUGAUCCGCGUACUGAUUAAACCCCGGCUCGCCAACUUUCUCGUUGGGCUCAAGAGAAAGCUAGACGAGAAAAAGCGAGAGAACUGGUUGGAGUUAUUCCUGGCCACAUUCAUCAUGAUGUCCAACACUGGGUGGGUCAUCAAGGACAUGAUGGCCAUGACAAAAUGGAAGGGGUUGAAGCCCGGCAACCGGGGUGGUGCACUCACACAGGGCUAUAUGCACGCCUGCAAGACGAUGCUCGCUCACUUCCACUUUGCAUGCGCCGGCUCCGUACCUCUGACCAUGGACUUCGAUAAGAUGUGCGGGAGCGACAAGGCGUAUCACGGCAUGACCAAUGAUCAGCUUGAGUACGUCAAGUUCUUGCGGACCGAGAUUGUCCGCCAAAGGAUAAAGCUGGCACGAUGGAAGGACCUAUCCAUGUACGAGGACGAUGCAUAUUGGGUCUAUCAACUUAUGUGCCAGGACUGGAGUGGCGAGUACAAGCACCCAGGGGAGAUUGACGAUUUCACCGAAGACGAUUUUCUCUCUUCCUCGUCUACGUAACUUCAGGGUCAUAGAGCGUAUAUAGCAAUUUUGUGUGUGGGUUGGCUGAGAUUCAAGAUGGGUUAGAGCGGUGGGGUUGGUUCAGAAGGCAAUGAAACUGAAAACGGCUAGAACGCUGUGUGUUUUGGCUUCAAACUCAGAUAUUAGUCGGUUUCAGCUUCCACUACCUAGAUUUCAAGAGUUUGCACCAAAAACACUCGAACCCGUGGUGUUUAAAACCGUCUAAGAGGCAAUGUCGGACGGGAAAGCUCAAACGGACACGCGUUGAACUGGC